UUAAAAUGAAAUUGAAAACCUUUUCAAGACGAGGAAAGCUUGUAGCUUACAAGGACUAUUUUAAUAAAUUCCCAAGCUUUAUGACAUCUCAUAUGACGGGUGUAUGCUGGCCGUCUAAAUUUAUUUCUCUACACAUCAUCACGCCAUCAUUUAACCACCCAAUUUUGCAAGCAUCAUCUUCUAUUCCUGUACACCCCAUAUAUUCCAAUUUCAAGCCCUUCAAAUUCCUGCCCUCAUUAUGGCUUCAACCUCUAAGCCACAGAAGAAGCUUAGUGAGUUUCUGAACGAGGAACAAGAACCAUUCGUCCUAGAGCUUUACCUUUUCGAAAGAGGUUGUUCUAGAAAAUGGAACUUAACUCAAGAUCAAGGAGGCAAUGGCGUCAACAUUGGAGAUUCAGCCAGGAGCCUGGAGAGGUCAGCAAGUUGUGCGCCAAACAAGAAGAGAAAGGCUCUUCUUUCAUUUUCCAAAGUUCUAACAUCUGUAUACAAGAAGCUUCCUGCACACAGCGAAACCCCUGUAACCAGAGACUCUGAUAAUAGAGAUGAAGAUGCAGUUAGUGUCCCUGAGACUGAAAGGGUUGAUCAGAAGGUUGCGGAAACAGACAGGUUUUCAUCUGCUAGUAGCUCCACUUCGUUCAACUCAUGCUCGGAGAUUGGAGAAGUUGAAGAGGAGACUUGGAUAUCAUCACAUAAAGAUAAGCCUUCUUUUAUUUCAGACACUUGCAGAGCUUCAAAUGCUUGCAAUAUUGUGGUGACAAGCCAGCAGGCUACUAGUAAUGGAAAACACCGCCGGAGAUACAUAGAACACAGCCGGGCUUUACUGGAAAGAAUGCACCCACGCAAAGUUCAACUAUCCCAACAUAAUGAAAGAGUGAAGGAUGAUGUUGGGAGAACGGAACAGAGAAUUUUGAAUUGCGGAGAAGUUGUUAUGCCCAAGAAAAUCACAGAAGACUCAUUAUUAUCAGCUGCUCUCUGGGGAUUGCUGAUUCAGUCAGCUGAGGGAGAUGGACAUAGCAUGGACUUACAAGAGAUUCUUGGGACAAAUGUUUCUCAAGUGUUGAAAUCUAAAAGAGCAUUGCACACGACAAAGCAACUCCUAUUUGAUUGCGUGAGAGAGAUUGCAGCUAGCUUUCCCGGAACAGACGAAGGACAGACAGGUUACAAACAAUUAUUGGGGGCGGAGGAGUUGGGUAACCUCAUUUGUCAGAAAACGAUAGAGUGGGGUCAACAGGCUGGAGAUCAGACAAACCUCACAUUCUUGUUGACUUCGGAUUACUUGAAAUCAAUCAAUGAAUGGGGUGAUUUUGAGCCACAAGUGAAGGAUAUUAGCUUUGAGGUUGCUGAUGCAGUUUUGGACUGCAUCAACAAUGAAAUUAUAUCAGAAAUGCUUGACAUCUUCACACCAUCUAUCUAACAGUUAAUUUUAAGUUGUAGACCCUUGUGUCCCAUUUCUCACCUUUCAAAAUGUCCAGGUCUCAUUUGUCAGUUUCAUUUUAAACGCCUGCAUCCAAAAGUCCUCGUGUAGUCGUUUUAGUCAUAGAUAUUAUACUGAGUAUCAAAAACUGAAAAGCAAGGAAAUUUUACAGCAAACGAAA